AUGGGAUUUAAAUUUGUGGCAGCGGCGCUCGCGGCGCUGCUGGCGCUGCUGCUGGCGCUCCGCCUCGAUCCGGGUGUCACUACAGCUCCGAUGCAACACAAGCUUCCGCAAGACCCCGACGGGACCAUCACAAAAGUGGAGGGAGUGGAGCGCAUCACCUUCUCCGUGCUGUCCCACGGCAAACGCCUCCACUGCUGGCUCUUCGUCCCCCCGCAGCCCCUCGCGAAGCCGCCCCCUGCUGUCGUUGCUGCUUACGGCUUGGGUGUCCAGAAGGACAUAGCGAUGGUGCCGCUGGCGCUGGCGCUGGCGAGGGAAGGUUUUGCUGCAGUUCUGUUUGACUACAGACACUGGGGAGUCUCCGAGGGCCUCCCAAGACAUGCUGCAGUGCCGCAGCAGCAAGUGGAGGACUUGACAGCUUUGCUGCAGCACUUGGGGGCCCCGGGGCCCCUCAGCAGCAAACUGGACAGCAGCAAAAUGGCACUCUACGGGGCCUCGCUCGGCGGCGGCGUCGUCUUAGCUGCUGCAGCAGAACUCUGCAGACGCAAAGACCCCCUCAGCAGCAGCAUCAAAGCUGUUGUUGCUGCCAUUCCCUUCGUCAGCGGCAGCAAAACCAGCAGCAAGGCCCUCCAGGAGCGCGGGCUGCUGGAGACGGCGCGCGUGGGCCUCGCAGUGGUGCAGGACCUGGUGCGGAGUGUCUUUACAGCUGAGAGUGCGGUGUACAUCCCUCUGGCGCGCAGCAGCAGCAGCAGCAGCAGCAGCAGCAGCGGCAUCAGUGCGAUGCAGCUGGAGAGCAACGAACACCAAAUUUGGGCCUCUCGAACUCCUUUGAAAGGCCAAGUGGUCGACGGGGCCUGGGAAAACAAAUUGGCGGCGAGAUCGCUCUUUUGGCUUUCGCGGUUCGAAGUGGAAGACUUGGCCGCCGAAUUCCUCGAAAUCCCCACCCUGCUGAUCGCCGGGUCCAUAGACACCGUGUGCCCCAUCGAGGCCAUUCGAGAUCUGGUGUCUAGACACCAGAAGAAGCAAAGCAGCAGCAAAAUGGUUUUGAAAGAAUUCCCUUUGAGGCAUUUCGAUUUCCUGACGCAGCAAAACUUCCCCAUCCUCGUCAGCAACACCGUCCAGUUCAUCAAGGAACAGAUCUGA